CCCACACAAGACAAAAAUGAAUAAAAUGUCGUUUUUUGGUUAUAUUUUCAUCGUACUCGCACUAUUCUCCGAUUUAACCCAAGCCUAUCGUCACACUCCCGCUGAACCGCCAAGAGCCAACGAAAACGGUGAUGUCAAACCGCAAGAAACGCUCGUGGUUCACAACAAGGCCCGAGCCAUGGUUGGAGUCGGACCAAUGGUGUGGAACGAAACUCUUGCGAUCUAUGCACAGAGCUACGCAGAUGAACGGGCCAGAGACUGUGCCAUGAAGCAUUCCUCGGGACCAUUCGGCGAGAAUCUAGCCGCGGGUUGGGGAACAAUGAGCGGUCCGGUAGCUACUGAGUAUUGGAUGACGGAGAAGGAAAACUACGAUUAUGACAGCAACACGUGUGGUGGUGGUGGAGUGUGUGGACACUACACUCAGAUCGUGUGGCGUGACUCGGUUCGACUAGCUUGUGGAUCAGUGAGAUGUAAGAAUGAUGAGUACAUUUGAGUGAUUUGUAGCUAUGAUCCUCCGAGGAACUACAUCGGCCAACGUCCCUAUUAAUGAUUCGAUUUUAUUAACGAAUUAAAAAUAUAUUAUGGUCAUCAUGCAUGUGAUUGUAAGGAAAAUUGAUAAUGUUAAAGACGUUUCUUAACAA